GCUUUGGUAUAAAUGCGCCAAGGGAGAACAUUUGGGCAUCAUUCGAUUUUCUGAUUUUGCAACGAAGACGUCGCUGGCAUCCCGCCUUCGACAUCGACAUCGGCAUCGGCAUCGUCCCAGCUCCAGGUUUUUUUUUUUUUUUCUGUUGCUCGUCUAGACGGCUCGUCAGGCGAAACCGGUAAUAUUUCGGCUUCGUUUCGAUUCGUGUGAGUGUGUGUGUGUGAUAUUUUUUUUCGGAAAACUCGGAAAAUCCGAGCUCAGUUGGAAACCCAGCAGAAAUGCGCUGUCUCCUGCCCCUGGUGGCCGCGCUGCUCGUCGCGGCCGGCGUCCACGCGGAUGUCUCCCACCUGGACACGGAUCUGCAAGAGGACGGCUACCACUACAAGCAGCCAUCGGUGCCCUUCCCACCGCCUGGCUCAGGCAAUGAGAUCGACGAUUCGGGCAUAGGACCGGGUCCAGCUCCUUCGGCGCCAGGACCCUCCUAUGGACCGCCUCAGACGCAGCCGCCGCCGCCGCCGCCACCUCGUCCUCAGCCCACAGCACCGGCUCCUUCUUACGGCCCGCCUCAGACCCAGCCGCCACGCCCUCAGCCGCAGCCCACACAGCCUGCGCCCUCGUAUGGGCCUCCCCAGACGCAGCCACCUCCACCUCCACCACCGCGUCCUCAGCCCACACAACCAGCUCCAUCCUAUGGUCCUCCACAGAAACAGCCGCCACGCCCACAGCCCCAGCCUCAACCGCAGCCCACUCAGCCAGCGCCGUCUUACGGACCUCCCCAGACGCAGCCGCCACCACCACCACGCCCACAGCCCCCAUCCCCACAGCCUGGACCGGAGUACCUGCCUCCUGAUCAGCCCAAGCCUCGUCCCACACCACCGCGCCCACAGCCACCACCGCCAAGACCACAGCCCCAGCCCAAACCUGAAUAUGGGCCCCCAUCAAGGCCGCAGCCGCAGCCACAGCCCACUCCCGGAUAUGGACCACCACCAAGGCCGCAGCCGCAGCCACAGCCUCAGCCGCAACCCACUCCCGGAUACGGACCACCACCAAGGCCGCAGCCGCAGCCUCAGCCACAGCCCACUCCCGGAUACGGGCCGCCACCAUCCCCGCCGGGACCAGCUCCCACAGCUCCAGCUCCAUCGUAUGGGCCACCACAAACGCAGCCACCUCGUCCACAACCACCACGCCCACAGCCGCCACGCCCACAACCUCCUCAGCCACAGCCACAGCCUGGAUCUGAGUAUCUUCCCCCACAGGGAGAGAAUGAGGUGACGCCUUCGCAGCCCCAGCCAACGGCUCCAGUUCCGGACUAUAACCCACCACCCGGCCCUACUUACCAGCCACGCCCACCUGCACCACCCGCCCCGCCAGCACCCACAUACCAGCCACGCCCACCUGCACCGCCCGCACCACCUGCACCCACAUACCAGCCACGCCCACCUGCACCACCCGCCCCGCCAGCACCCACAUAUCAGCCCCGUCCUCCAGCACCGCCCGCACCACCCACCCAGGAGUACGGACCACCGCCAACCAGCCCCGGAGAGGAGGAGGCGGGCUCCCUGGGACCCGAUGGCUACAACUACAACAAGCCUGCCAAGCCGUUCACCUUCUAGGCCUAAAAUGAUUUUUUUUUCGUAUAAUUCUGUACGCGUACUCGUAUGUUUAGCCACAAAUUGGACCCCACCCCAAACUCCCCGCGAAGAGAUCAAUUUCCAAAUAAAAGACACAAAUCUACACCAAAAACCAAA